GGUAAAACAAACCAAGAUGCCAUGGAAACUUUGCGGAAGUCUAUGUCCGUAGAAGGAAAUAAAAGAGGAAUGAUCCAGUUAAUUGUAGCAAGGAGAAUAAAGAAGAAUGAGUUGGAGUCACCUGGAAGCCCCUCGGGGCCCGAAUUGCCCAUCGAGACAAUGCUGGACGACAGGGAGCGAAGAAUUUCCCACUCUCUGUACAGCUUUGACGAAUCGCCCACAAGGAAUGCUGCAUUAAGUAGAAUAAUGGGUAAAUAUCAACUUUCCCCAACAGUGAACAUGCCUCAGGAUGACACUGUGAUCAUUGAAGAUGACAGAUCCCCAGCAAUGCCUUCCCAGCUCUCUGACCACUCGUCUUCCAGCUCACACGAUGAUGUAGGAUGUGCUACAGACUCUGCA